AUGAUAUGUUAUAGAAAACUUCGCCAAAUUAUAUAUAUACUGAUUUGUAUUCCGAUCGUUUUUCUCCUAGCCUCUUAUCGGAAAGUCGAGGAUGAGGUAAAUUUUUGAAAAAAAAUCGAAUUUGAUUUAUUUUUAAAAUAUUGAUCAGCCUUAAAUUUUUAAAAUAUUAUUUCAAAAUUAGAAAUUAAUAUCUUGUUUAAACAAAGUAAUUUAAAAAUAAAAAAAUUUUAAAAGUAAAACCCGUAAUGAGCGCGGAAGAGAUAAAUGGAUAUAGCAGGGCUUCCGGAAACGAAAAAGUUUAUCUGAAAAUCUAGAAAGUCUGACCUUCGGAGCAAGAAGAGGCUAUGUUCUCGUUUUUCUUUUACUUUAGGCAAACAUACAAUUCAACUUUCGUAAAACAGUCAACUAAAAACGAAAAAAUAGGAUAUUAAAAAACAAAAAAAUUUUUAAAAACGAAAAUAUAAACUAGCAGUUGGGAAGGAAAUGUAUGAUAAUUCCAAUAUUUUCAGACAUUUAAUUCUUCAACUGAUUCAUCACAACUAGACGUCGACACAACACAUCAAAAAAGUGAGUUGGUUUAGAAUGACACAUUAAACCCACAUACCUUGGACAUUAAUAAGUGGAACAAAAAUAUGCAUUGUUUAUAUCAAAGUGUAUCAAAACGUAUCAAAUUAACUAUAACGCAACCCAGUCAAAGUUAAUAGUUAAAAAUUGUAACAAUUAUUGUUAAGAAAUUCUUUGCAUCUUAAGUUACAUCUUGGAAAGCGAUGACUGUAAAAAGGCUGACGAUCAAAUAAGUGAUUAAAGACGUUUUGGAAAUGCGUUCUGUUUAUAACAACGUGAAAGAAGUGCAUGUUUUCUAUGUUUACAAAAACAUUUUUAUAAACUUUUUGAUUACAAAACUGUUUUGGACAAGAAAAUUGUAGGUUAAAUACCGGCACAAACUUAUGGGCUUGAAUCUUUUUUUCCAAAAAAUAAUUUUUUUAUUUAAGUUUUUUGCCAAAUAUCGAUUGAAGCAAUAUACAACGAUACGGAAUACCCCGAAUGUCUUCAAAAAUUAAAAUGGAUGAAAAAUGGUUGGCAGACAGAGAAAUGCUAUGCUGAUUACGGAGUAGACGGUUCGGAUUGUACUGCAUACGAGUAUAUGGCUAAUGUAGAAAAUCAUUGUCGGUCGUUAAGUAAUACAACACGGUAAUUUUUUAAACAAAGCAAAAUAAAAAAAUUCGUUUUUCUACAACAUUUGUACCUAAUUGAAACUCUUUACAAUUAAAACCAUGGGCUUUUUUUUAACACUUCAAAAAUUCAGAUCCACAGAGUCUGUAAUCCCAUCAAGACCGGCGCCGUUAGCCAUAGACAAUUUGAUGGAGAGAAUGUCAGAUCAUCCUACUAAUUACGCUUUCUUAAAACAUCGUAUUCAAGAAUUAUACCCAAAUUGGUUGAAGGCUCGGUUAUUAGUAGACAUCAAGCGGUUUCAAAAGCCAGAAAAGGUAAAGUACAUAUAUCAAGUAAUUAAAUUAACAUUGUCAUGAAUAUGAUGUACAAACGCAAAAUCAUAUUAUAAUUAUGUGGUUUUCAUUGCAUAAUCUGCAAAUUAAACUUUUAGAUAUACUUGUACUUGGGAUUUUUAACUGUAAAAAAGAACAAUCUAGCUGAAGCGGCCAAUAAAGGAGGACCACUUGGUGAGUUAGUUCAAUGGAGCGAUUUGAUAGCCGCAAUGGCCACUCUUGGUCACGAUAUACAAAUUUUUGGUAGCUGGACUAGGUUUAAAAGGUAUGCCAUAACUUUACGGUGACUUAUAUUAAAAUUAAAUUCUUAUUGCGGAUUCUUACUGAAACGCAAAGUUUACGUGUAUGCCUUUGACGUGACUUUACGAUACUUUUGUCUUAUAUAUAUUGUAAUUUUUAGUGCAUUAACAGAAUUAAAUCAAGUUUCGCCGUGCCCAAAAAGAACAAAUGAAUCUAAAGACGUGACAAUAUUCAUAGACAUUAUGGGUUUACGCCAAAUUCGUACUAAGUUUAAGACUUUCUACAGUCAAAACAAGUAAGUUUGUCAAAAUUAGAAUCUAAGGCUGUAUGUAGAGUAACAAUUAAAAGAAGAUAAUGUACAAAUCGUAUAUAAAUUUAAGAUGCCGAUUUCGAGUUUUGGAUUCAUUUGGUACGCAUGCUGAAUUUAAUCACCCCAAGUACUUUCGUCAAAACUACCGUAAACUUGGAGCAAAAAGCAUAAAACAAAAUCCAUGGGGUGCAAAUGGUUUAAAUUUAAAACAAUUCUUAACAUUGUACCCACAUACAAACGACAAUACUUUUUUGGGAUUUGUAGUACAAACUUUCAAACAAACUGAAACAAAGCGUCAUAAUUGGACUGUGGUCUACGGUAAAGAAGCGUACAUGUGGAAAAAUGCAGAUGCUUUAUUGAAAGUUGCUGCUCAAUAUACAAGUUUACAUGCUACCGUUGCAGACGAAGAACCUGCAAAAGAUUACGUCAACGUAAAUUUUACAAAUCACGGAAAUCUGAAGCCGCCAGAAUAUCAUGGUCUUCUGAAGCGUUCCAAAAUACUUCUUGGUUUGGGUUUUCCGAUUGAAGGCCCAGCACCAUUAGAAGCUGUAGCUAACGGUGCUAUCUAUUUAAACCCUGUUUUUGAGACGCCUAAAAAUCGUUUGAAUUAUCCUUUUUUUGUUGAUAAACCAACGUUUAGAAAUGUAAGUGUAACAUAAACGUUAUGUUUGUGAUAUUUACUUUUAGCUUUUAAGGAAGAAGUAUACAUAAAUAAUAACAAAAAUUUAAGAUUCGAGUCUUUGAGAAUAAGCAUAUUCCAGAUAACAAGUCAAAACUUUUAUAUGGAUCGCUUUGUUGGCCCACCAUAUGUUAUCAACUUCUACAUAGAAGAUGAAGACGACAUUCAUAGAGCUUUUAGAACUGCAUUGUCAUUGACAUCAACACCUCAGUUACCAUACGAAUUUACAUUUGAAGGCAUGUUAGAACGAGUGUCUUUAAUUGUUAACAAUAUGGACUAUUGUUCUUCUAAAAAACAGGAUUGGCCGCCAUUUGCAAAAAGUGGCCAAAUAAUUGAAGGAGAUGCCGGACAAAGUUGUGAUAACGCUUGUGCUAGUAAGAACUUGCUUUGUGCACCAGAGUUUUUCAAAUAUGUCAAUCAUCCGGUUGAAUUGAAACGGUAAGAUAUAAAAAACUAUAUUGAGCUUUAGUAUUUUAUUUUUCGUUUAUUUAAAAAUUUUACUAACUAGUUUUGCAGACGCGGAUGUCAUAUAUCAUCAAUUGUCACUAUUGCCGAACCUUAUGCCCCAUCAAAGUGUACCAUUCAAGAAGAUCCACUUUUGUUUAGUUGCGCCACGGUUCCGCCGCUUGACAUUAUACGGUUAUGUCCUUGUCGUACCUUUAACGACAAACAAAGCAUUUUAUGUGCAAAUUGUUGA